UGCUGUUUCUGCCAGCAGGUUGAUCAGAGCAGAGCAGCAACAGACUCAGUGCAGGAGCUGCAUUCACAGUUGAUCAUGAUGAAGAUGAUGUCCAGCAUCCUGCUGCUCCUCAUCCUCAGCUCAUGUCUCUGUGCAGCAACAUUUGUAGUGAAUGUGACACAGAGCAGCUAUCAGGCAGAGGAGAAGCAGAGCAUCACUCUGGAGUGGACCUUCACCACCAAGACUCAGGGAACCUGGAAGCAACUGUUCAUCUUCUGCAGCUUGGAGACUCUUGAUACAGAACUAGUUCUCUAUGAGGUUAAUGAAGGAGUUGAGAUUCCAGAGUCUCAGGAUAAACAGUUUUCAGGACGAGUCCAGAGCGACAAAGACGUCCUCAGAGAAGGACGAAUCAGACUCCAUGUGUCCAGACUGAGGACUGAAGACUCUGGUCGGUAUCUGUGUGACGUAAAAACUGAAGAUGGAUCCAACAAGGCAGGAUGUCGACUCAGCGAAGUGGACCGGUUCACUUUGACCUCUGACCUUUCUGCUCUGUUUCUCUGUCCUGUAGUUUAUAAAAACAUCUCAGCUGUUCCUGGACAGAAAGUCUCUCUGCCAUGCCGACUCCCCAACAACAAACCUGCUGUGGUUGUGCAGUGGACCCGACCGGACCUGGAACCAGAAUAUGUUCUGCUGUUCAGAGAUGAGCAGCUGGAUCCAGAGAACCAGCAUCCAUCUUUUAGGAACCGGGUGGAUCUGCAGGACAGACGGAUGGAGGACGGAGACGUGUCUUUGCUUCUGAGCGACGUGAAAACCAGCGACACAGGAAAAUACGAGUGUCGAGUUUUACAGAGAGAAGAAAGCAAGAAGAUGAAACUCAUCCAGAUCGUCUACCUGGAUGUAGCGCCUCCUACAGAAAACAAGGAGGAAAGAAAAGAAGAUGGAAGCAAAAACAAACAUAUUGGACCGAUGAUUGGAGGCCUACUGAUCGUUGCACUGAUUAUUGGUUUGGUUCUUGGUUUCUAUUUAAGGAAGCAGAAGAUGAACGGAUCUCCAGACCUUAAAGAAGAACCAAACUCAGUGAGGCUUGUGGAUCGUUCUGGUCCAGAUCCCCAACCUUCAUCCUCAGAGCCAACAUCCUCCAUGAUGUGAAUGUGACUUUGCUCUAACACUUGAUUGCAAUGGUUGCAUGAGCUCCUCUGCAGCCCAUCAGGUUCUGCAGAGGAUUUUAAUCACUGAAUCAUUCAUGUGGCUACAGGGAAAGUCCUAAAGCCUGCAGGACUUUGGGCUCUGAGGACCAGGGUUGGGAUCACUGCUCCAGUUGACCCAACAUUGGUUUCUUCAGCUGUUACAGUUUAUAUCUUCAUGCUCUGAAUGUGAAUUUCUUUAUUUUGAAAAAAUAAAUCUAAAGAAGCAGAAACACAUUUAUUAAACAUUUAUUAAUAAAAAAACAUUUUUGCAGCUUAAGAAUCAAUAAUUUUACUGAAUUUGUUCAAAAAGAUGUGAGAAAAUUUACAUUGUUAUUGUUCUUCAAUA